AUGCUAGAUAAAAUAUCUAGCAAUUUGGCUCCAAGCGGCUCCUAUCAGUUGAAGGCGGUCGAAUACUAUAAAAAGGUGGUUGAGGAAUAUGAGAGCUCCUUAAAAGAGAAGCAAUCUGCAAACCCCAAUCCACCUGAAAUAAAGCAAAAGAGCGAAUGUCAAAAGAUAAAUCCUUCCACUAACGACAGCACUACCGGCAGAGAGAGCAAGAAGCCUAAACAGGCUUCUUCAUCUGACCACAACCCGCUGCAACGCCACUUUAGUGACGUUGCCAAAGACAGUCUGUUGAUGGCCAUAGUCGACGAAAACUCGAAGACUCCGGUAUCUGAGCAGAAGCACUGGGUGGAGAUCGACGUCAAGCUAUCAAGUCUCGUUAUGGACUACGUCCUCGAUAGCCAGGCGGGUCCCCAUCCGGAGUUUGAUUCCUCUGGAUCCUUUCGAGGAUACAGGGUUAUCAGAUGCGCGGACUAG